AGUAGCAAGUCGACGUCCCUCUCGAUCAAUCGGUACUAGCAGCAGCGAGAUUAGCAUCACUCUUUUCUCCAUAUAUUACCAUAUUUGUAUCCCAUUCGAUUGUGCAAUGCAAUGCAAAUGCGCAGGUCAUUCUCCCUCCCUUAACUAGCCUGCUAAUCUGCAGCCGCGACACACACAACACACACACAAACGCAUUGACGCAUGCACGCCAUCAUGGCGAGGCGAUGCUCUGGUGACUACUCGACUGCAGGCCAACGAGCCGGCGAGGAGGGCGGCGGCGGCGGCGGCGCCGGGCUACGGCUGUUCGGGGUGCAGCUCCAUGCUGCGGCGGCCAGCUCGCCGGCGUCCUACUUGCACAAGAGUUACAGCAUGGAUUGCCUGCGGCUGCAGGUUUCUUCUCCUUCCUCCUUGCAGUCGUCGUCGUCGUCGCCGUCGCCGUUGACGUCCUCGUUGUUGCUGUCCAUCGACGAGGGCUGCGAGAGGCCAGCCGCCGACGGCUACCUCUCCGACGGGCCUCACGGCGCGGCGGCAACCAUGCGGGAGAGGAAGAAAGGAGUUCCAUGGAGCGAGCAAGAGCACAGGCUGUUCCUGGCGGGGCUGGAGAAGCUGGGCAAGGGCGACUGGCGAGGCAUCUCCCGGAGCUUCGUCACCACCAGGACGCCCACCCAGGUCGCCAGCCAUGCCCAGAAGUUCUUCCUCCGCCACAACAGCGCCGCCAAGAAGACCAACAACAAGCGCCGCUCCAGCCUCUUCGACAUGGUUCAGGAUUGUGACAGUGGAGGAAGAUCUCUCGCCUCAUCCGAUCCUGCCACUCGCUGCAACAACAACAUCUCUGCUUCUCUGUCUCUCCAAGUUUCGCACCACAAAUCAGGUGACAGUGCGUGGCCUUCGUCAGAAACACCAUCAGUUUCAGAAGCACAACAAGGUCAUGGAUACGGCACUAGUCACCAUUGCUCUCCGCUGGACCUGGAGCUGGGCAUGUCCCUGUCCACCACGCCAUCCAUCGGAACCUAGCACCAUCAGUUGCCGUGGUCAUCCAUCGACUGGAUUCCCAAGAUGCUUAACAAAUUUUAUCCUCAGGGUCAAGUUCCAACCAUCUUGCUGCUGAAUCUAAUUGACAGCCAUGGGGACAGUGUUGUAGACAAAAGUUUGGAAUCUUGUAACAUUGUCUCAUGUAGCCACCCAUUGUAUGGUCACAAGCACUGUGCAUAUCUGCAAUGCUACCAUGCUUAGUAUUCUCUGCUGCAUCAAUAGAAUUUUUUGUUGCAGCGAUGUAUAUAGUGUCCUUAAUAUCUGAAUCAUUUUGUUUGCGGUAUGA